AUGGAUUGGGUCAACCUCGUUCCUGUAGGGUUACUCUUUAUACUCAUUCUCCUGCUGAUUCUGAAAAGACAACCUGUCUGGAAGAACCACGCAAGAGAAAACUUCCCCCCAGGACCCAGGCCUUUACCCAUCAUUGGAAAUCUGCACAUCAUGGAUCUGAAGAGACCUUACCUGACAAUGCUAGAGCUAUACAAAACGUACGGUCCAGUCUUCAGCAUUCAGAUGGGACUAAGGAAAAUAGUGGUGCUAUCAGGAUAUGACACAGUGAAGGAAGCUCUGGUGAACCAGGCAGAUGCAUUUGCAGGGAGACCUAAAAUACCAAUCGCUGAAGAAACAGGAAAAGGAAAAGGAGUUAUAUUUUCUGAUGGAGAAAACUGGAAAGUGAUGCGAAGAUUUACUCUUACAACCUUAAGAGACUUUGGAAUGGGCAAGAAGGCCAUAGAGGAUCGUGUUGUAGAAGAGUAUGGAUACCUGGCAGACACCAUUGAGGCACAGAAAGGGAAGCCCUUUGAGAUGACUCUGAUGAUGAAUGCUGCUAUUGCUAAUGUCAUUGUAUCCAUAUUGCUUGGAAAGCGAUAUGACUAUGAAGACCCCACAUUCAAAAGGCUCGUGUCAUUGGUGAACGAAAAUGUCAGAAUUUUUGGAAGUCCAUCAGUUUCGAUGUACAACAUGUUCCCAAUCCUUGGAUUCCUCCUGAAGGACCACAAAAUUUUUAUUCAGAAUGUAAAAGAAAUCAAUGCUUUUAUCAAGGUUACUUUCAUAGAACAUCUCAAAGCCCUGGACAGAAAUGACCAGAGAAGCUUCAUUGACACUUUCCUCGUGAGACAACAAGAGGAGAAUGGAAAGGCCAAUGGGUAUUUCCAUAAUGAAAACUUAACUGGGGUUGUGAGAAAUCUGUUUGUAGCUGGCAUGGAGACCACAUCCACCACUUUGUGCUGGGGCCUUCUGCUCAUGAUGAAAUAUCCUGAAAUUCAGAAGAAAGUCCAAGAAGAGAUAGAGAGUGUGAUAGGGUCAAAUCCCCCACGAAUCGAGCAUCGAACUCAAAUGCCGUAUACAGAUGCUGUUGUCCAUGAAAUUCAAAGGUUUGCUAAUAUCCUGCCAUUGAACUUGCCUCAUGAGACUACUGCAGACGUGACCCUCAAAGGCUAUUUCAUUCCCAAGGGAACCUACAUUAUCCCUUUACUGGCCUCCGUCCUGCGAGACAAAUCCCAGUGGGAGAAACCAGACAUCUUCUACCCUGAGCAUUUCCUCAACUCUGAGGGGAAGUUUGUAAAGAAAGACGCUUUCAUUCCUUUUUCAGCAG